UUUCUUAAGGAAUGAUAGAAAAACUCUCGCUACUUGUGCUUUAGUUAAUCAUACUUUUAACCUUCACGCUACUCCUAUUUUAUAUCACACCGUCGCGUUUACUUUUCCUCAUACGUUUACACUUUUCGUUAAUGCUUCGAAUGAUAUUAAAAAGCGCUGUUCUCAAAUGGUUCGUCACUUAGACCUUUCCGGUUUCUCUACCUGCGGCCUACAAAAAAGCUCUUUUGAAAUUCAGAAUGUCGUCACACCAGGUCUUUUAAUUCAUACUCUAAGAUCUUUCCCUGAAUUAAACACUUUUUCUGUAUCUGAAUCUUUGGAAUCUGUAAUUACAUUUGAUGUUUUAAAGGUUUUGUUUUUAGAAUGUAAAAACAUUAAAAGUAUCGAUUUUUGUGGUUGCGCUAGUAAACAAUUUAGUAGCGCUUUAGAUGAAUUUUCUCGAUUAAUAGGUCGCGUUAAAAUUGAACAAUCUUGCAAUGAUUACGGCGAAACAAGCAUUUCUUUUCACAUGACUUGCAAGCCUUUAUUAUCUCAUUUACAAAAACUUUCAUUUCAUGAAUGUCCUAUAAUUUCUGAAUAUUCAAUCAUCAUACCCCUUCUCGCUCAUACUCCAAAGCUUACACACCUUGAUUUGGGUGGUUGUUCUAUCAGCGAUUUAACUUUAAAUUUCUUAGCUGGAGCAAAUAUUUCAACUAAAUUAUCUCAUUUACUACUAGCUAAAUGUAAAAAUAUUUCAUCCGAUGCUAUUUCAUCACUUGUCUCUAAAUGUUCUCAAUUGGAAACUCUUAAUCUUUAUGGUGACAGAGAUAUUACUACUUCCAUUAAAGAAUGUGAUUUAGUAACCAUACUUCGUUCACCUAAUGCAAAGAACUUCCAGACGUUAGACAUUGGAUCUUCGCAGAUAACACCUUUGAUUUUAACAGCUAUCAAAGAGAAUU